AUGGAAAGGAUCGUUGGAGGUAAAUACAAGCUCGGCCGUAAAAUCGGAAGUGGAUCAUUUGGUGAAAUCUAUCUCGCUACGCAUAUCGAUUCUUUCGAGAUCGUGGCUGUGAAGAUAGAGAACAAUAAAACAAAGCAUCCACAGCUUCUAUAUGAGGCCAAACUAUACAAUAUUCUUCAGGGAGGAAGUGGUAUACCUGGCACAAUGUGGUCUGGCAUAGAUGGGGAUGACAAUGUUUUAGUCCUCGAUUUGCUAGGACCAAGUCUUGAAGAUUUGUUUGUCUAUUGUGGUAGGAAGUUUUCAUUGAAGACAGUCUUAAUGUUGGCUGAUCAAAUGGUGACAAGGAUAGAAUAUGUGCAUUCUAAAGGGUUCUUGCACAGGGAUAUUAAGCCUGAUAACUUCCUCAUGGGUCUUGGUCGGAAAGCGAAUCAGGUUUACAUUAUUGAUUUUGGGCUCGCAAAAAGAUAUCGAGAUGCAACAACCAACAGACAUAUUCCUUACAGGGAGAACAAAAAUUUGACAGGUACGGCGCGCUAUGCCAGUUGUAACACUCAUCUUGGAAUUGAGCAAAGCCGGCGGGAUGAUUUAGAGUCUCUUGGUUAUGUACUACUAUAUUUCCUGAGAGGAAGCCUUCCAUGGCAGGGUUUAAAAGCUGCCACAAAGAAGCAAAAGUAUGACAAAAUAUGUGAGAAGAAGUUAUCAACCCCUAUUGAGGUUUUAUGCAAGUCUCAUCCGGUGGAAUUUGCAUCAUACUUCCAUUAUUGCCACUCACUGACAUUUGAACAACGGCCUGAUUAUGGAUUUUUGAAACGCCUGUUCCGAGAAUUGUUUACUCGUGAAGGAUAUGAAUUUGAUUACAUAUUCGAUUGGACCAUCCUAAAGUACCAACAGGCACAAAAGAGUAAAACUCGACCACAUGUAUCACCAGUCCCUGGGGAGAGCAGCAGUCGAGCUGUGCAAAUGGACGUGGACAAGCAUCAAGGCAACAAUGCUACUUAUCCAGCUGAGGUAACAGAACGAAUGAGAUCAAGUAAUCCUGUUAGUCCUCGCAUUCGCAUGCAAUUUAAAUCCCCACCAGGAAGGAACAUAAGCUCUGACAAUCCCCUUGAGAGAAAUAUUGUUAGCAGUGCUCGCAUGCCAUCUACUUCGUUUUCUCCUGCUCCUGUACCAAAAAGAAAUGCCUCAAAACCAGGGUUGCCUGCUGAUACCACAAACCCUGAUCAAGGGCAUAGUGACAAUAUUGGUCCUUCAAGCAGUUGGAUAUCUUCCCUACGCCGCAUUUCUUCCACCAAGUGA